AUGUCAGUCUCCUUUGCAUCAGGUACCAACCCACCACGACGAUCACCCUUGAGAGAAAACACCUUCGUCUCACCUCCUUCGACUCAUAGAUCUUCUCCGUCCCCUUCAGAAUUAGGUUUCACACCUUCCACCCGAGUUCGCCGUUUUGAUGACCCGGAACGACAACCGUUGAUCAGUACUUCGGAAUUAGGCAGACGGAGGACGUACGUACCGAUCGUGUUGAGUGUGUUGGGGUUGGUCAUCUUCGGGAUUCUGGUGGGUUUUGGAGGUUGGAAGAUUGGGAAAGGUGAAGGAGGUGGAAGAUGGCCAGGGGGACCUUAUUGA